AUGCAUCAACACCAUGAGGACCCGGGUGGGGCCUUCAGCGGCCAAGCAGUUAAAAGAGAUAAGCAGGUAUUCUGGGUCCCUCUCAGACGUACCCAAGGCUUGCGGGUCGGGGCCGGGGCCUGUUUGGACGUCCCGGUGGUGUUCGCCCCCGAGACCAUGAAACCGCAGCAGGCCUGGCUCUACAUCACCCUGCAGCCCCUCCUCCAGGGCCCGGAGCCCAGCGCAGCGUCCCACCAGCCCGACAGCACCAGGCCGGCAGAAAUCAAAGAGGGGAAAGCAGCCAGCGUCCGCUGGGCGUAUGCCUUCCGUGGCCUCCCUGGGCCGCCGUCGGAGACGGUGCCACUGCGGUUGGUCCAGUGCCAGGCGGGGGGCCGUCUGGAGGAGCCGCUGGAGGUCCGGCUCACCGGUGGCCGAGGCGCGGCUGGACAGGAAGGAGGAGCGGUGUGUGUGGACGACUUCCAGUGCGAGGUGCGUUGCGAUAAUGAGGAGCAGCGCCCCUUGGUGGACGAGUGCGUGGCGGUCUCCGUCGCGGCCGCCUGCAGAGACCCCGAGUCUGGCGUUGUAGCGCUCACCGCUAACCUGGUCUACACACCCCGGGGACCGCACAGGUGCUCCGUGUUCUUGGCAGUGCGGUGUGUGUCCGGCGCACACUGGACCUUUCCCCUCACACUGGUCGCCACGGAGAAGGGGGUUGAUGACGAUAUCGCCGUCACCGCGGCCGGCCCGGGCAUCAGCUCCACCGCGGGCCUCCAUCUGCACAACCCCAUCCGUGAUCUGGUGCUGGUCCAGGGUGCGGACAAGCGCUGGACCUAUGAGGUCCAAGGGACUCUCCCUGAGCCCGGCCAGGUCUCCCCGCCCCGCGCACCCGUAUCAGCCAAUAGGAACCUUACAGCCCAGGAAGCCAUCAGCCCGGCCAAUAAACGCACGCGGAACUACGUCACUCGGAACCUUCGGCUGCCGGCGCUGGCAAACUCCUCCCCUUCUAAAGUGACGUUUCAGAGAUAAAACAAACACCAGCAAAACAACUGUCUCAAACUCAUUCAUUACACAACUUUUUUUAACCAAGUCAUUACUGAUGUUCAGGUGUUUGAGCAGAUGUGGGACGAUCCCCACAAUGCAUUGCAGCCAGAACCCCUGAGCAGUGGAACACUUUACACAGUAUCCACGCUCAGGGUUAAGGUUCACCUGCUGUGCAUUAACCAACGCUUGACCCAAACUCCUCCAUUCUAUCUAUAGGGCUUGUCAAUCAAAAUGCAGCAUGGGAUUUUCUUGUUGCCAAUU